GUACUUUCGCUUUUGAUCUGGAAAGAAACUAUCCUUAUACAUUUUCCGAAAAUACUGUAAAGAAUAGCAUUUGUUCGAAAAUACUAGUUUCGUUUUCGAACAAAAAUUAAGUUUCGCAAAGGGAAAAGACGAUUAUAUUUGUUGCAAGUGUUGCUAAUUCCAACGUUGAUAAAUGGCCGGGAAAAUUGUGUUCGACUCCGUGAGCAAGCCGCCGGCGAAGGUUCACGACCUCAGGUCUCUGGACCUUGCCUUUGCUAUGGACAGUACAUCCAGUAUGGGGACUUAUAUCGACGCGGCCAAACGCAGCAUAUGUACAAUAUUUGAAGAAAUAGUGGCCAGCGAAAAAGGUGACGUUCGCCUGGCAUUGGUAAACUAUCGUGAUCAUCCUCCACAGGAUUAUACAUACGUGACUGAAGUCCAUGACUUCACCAACUCUUCCAGCACGAUGAAAGGGUGGCUCGACAAUACUAAGGCUCACGGUGGCGGGGAUUUACCAGAGGCAGUAGCGGAUGCCUUGCAGGAUAUACUAAACUUAAGCUGGAGAACACACGCUACAAAGAUUUGCGUGUGCAUAUCUGACGCGCCACCUCACGGUAUAGGAUGCGAACAUGACAAAUUCCCAAAUGGAUGCCCUCUAGGUAUUGAUCCCAUGAACGUGGUCCGACAGAUGGCAGCAAAGGGCAUCACGCUGUAUGUUGUCGGAUGCGAGCCUAGCAUCAGCCCGUACAAGGGCUUUUUCACUGCCAUUGCAUACAUGACGGGAGGCCAGUAUGUCCCUCUGACUCAGGCAGGAGAGCUGAGCAAAGUCAUCAUUGGCGGGGCACGGGAAGAGAUGGGCCUGGAGCGUCUUAUGGAGGAAGUAAACGAGGAGGUUCGAGCGGACAUUGCUGCAGGCCGAUCCAUUGACGAGGCGGAGAUGACAAAACGAGUUCACAGUAAGAUGAUAUCGAAAGGCGUUACGACCACACAACUGCAGCGCAACAAGGUAGCACUUGCGAGCGCUGCGGACAGCGUAGAAGCCAGCCAUAUUUCCAAACUGACCAACCUUAGUGACGUCCGUGCAGCGUUCAAGGCGACCCCGACCCCGGCUAUGGGCGCCAUGGCGACUCCAGCGGCGCCCGCGUUCUCGAUGGGAUCCGUCAGGGAAGCGCUCGCGGGAAGCAUCGGGGAUGAGAAGUAUGACGUCGAAGAGAAGCCGAUAUCGGAGGCACAGGCUAACAGGAUGGUGAAGAAGAGCCUCGCGAGAAACAUGAUCAGCAAAAAGUACUAGUUUAGAGACAUUUAUAUGAUAAAUAAUACGCUUAUAUUAAAAGCACAAUUUUUGUUGUUGUUUUUUCAAUCGCAAUCGUAUAUUAUGGUGCAUGUUGUCGUUACACAGUGGUUGCUGUUUUGAAUGUUAUAAUUGUCAUUGUCAAGUGUCGACUAACCCUUUUUUGGAAUGUUUUAUACGUAUAUUAAUCUUUUUUUCUCUUGCUAAAAAAAUAUAAUAUGUUGGACGUUUAGCCAUAUACCUAGCGUGUUAGUACAUCACAUUUCAUUAUUUCAUUAUUUUGAAUGUGAACGUGUUUGCAUAUUGAUGUUUGUGUUACAUUUUAUGUACGCACACUCCAUUAUUUUCCUCUUUGAUUGAUGCUUUGCGUCUUGUUAUCAUUCCAUGUUUAACAUUUUGAAUUAUAUAAUUUUACUCAUGGUUGGAUAUUUACAAUGUGUGGAAAAUUAAAUGUAUAUGAAAAACGUAUGUUACUGUUGACAAAAAUAAAAUCAAGAAAGUUUAUUAAUAAAAUCAUCCACCAACUUA